AUGACGGGGAUCUCUCUGAAUUCCCCUCCUCUCCCGCUCUCUGCUCCCCCUCCUCUGCCCAGUCGCCGCCACCACAGCCGAUUCUACUUGCUCCGCCACCGCCACCAUCGACCAGAUGCCUGCAAAUGUGAGCGGCAACCAUCCCCUUCACUUCUCGCUUCUCCAUGUGUGCCGCUGCGAGCCUUGAGAGGCUUCGGCGUGGGGGGGGCGAAGAAGAGGAGAAGGCGUGGCCAUGGCCUCCGCGCGAGCCGGAGGGAAUCGCCUUAUGAGGUUCUCGGGGUGCCGUCGUCGGCGACCCCGCAGGAGAUCAAGAGGGCUUACCGGAAGCUCGCCCUAAAAUUCCAUCCGGACGUCAACAAAGAGGUGAUCCCACUGUGCCUUACCCGACUGAAUUGCCCCAUAGCAGCUCUGCUAUUCUUCCUCUUUGGUCACUCUGGAUUGAUUUUUCGAGGAAUACUAUGGAUCUGAGUCCGAAUUCAGAGCAUGUAUCCUUGCUCACUCAUGUGAAAAUCUGCUCGCUCGGAAGUCUUUAGGUCCUGUGAUGUGUUAAGCAUGUUGACCUAAAUUUAGGAUUCCUCCGAAGGGAAUAGUCCAAUGAAACCGAAGGGGGAUUCAUCCUCAGGAGCUGUUAUAGUCACCUUCGAUCUGACAGCAUCUAGUUCGAAUCUUGCCUUAGAGUUUGGAUGUCUCUGGGGUGAUAUUGGGGAGAUAGGCUCCACUGGCUGAUUAGAAAACUAUACUUGAGUUGUAGUGACUUCUCUGCUUCCUCUAAGAUCCGCGUCCCCAUCCUUGCUUCUGAAUAGGCUAAUGCUCAGGAGAAGUUCAUGAGGAUCAAGCAUGCGUACAACUCCUUGAUCAACUCAGAUUCCCAGUUCAGAACUAAUUUCGGAGGGAGCAAAUCAGACUAUGCUGGUUCGACGUUCGGGAAGAACUGGAACCGGAAGCCUGAAGAAGCAGAAGAAUUCUAUGGCUUUGGUAUGAUGACUUCUGAUUUCUGAUUUCUGAUUUAGUUGUCAUUUAUUCUUCCUCUAUUUGGCGUUCUUAUUUCGACCUCCAUCGGUUUGACCUCGGACUACCGUAGUACGAUCACUUUGUUAAUAUUUUCUCUUUCUCAAUCGCGAUCGCAGAAUAUUGACCACGGAUGUGGCUGAGAUAAACUUAAAAUCUGAGACAGAAAUGAACUCGCAAUCCACGAUGAACUUUCCAUUAAAUAUGAAAAAAAAAAAAGCUGCUCAGAUUAUUGCUGGAUUAAUAUCGAGCUGAAGAUCUGAUCCACCCGUCUACCAUGCAGGUGAUUUUUUGAGAGAUGCUCAAAUAACAAUAGGUAGAUUUGUCAUUCCGGUAUGAUCGAGGCAAAAAUAUCAGAGCCUAGGACAUGAAUCGCGCAGUUGAAGAAGACGAUUUUCUCUACGAAACACUGCAUCUGAUACUGAUGUUGAUCUUCUGCCGGAUAUUAUGCAGGGGAUUUCUUUCGAGAUCUUCAGACAGAGUAUGAGAAUUGGGAGGCUUCUGCGAGAUCGCAAGAGAAGCCGAAGAGCCUUUGGGAGGAACUGGCGGUGAGCCCUGUUCUACCCACCCUAAGAUUCUGAAGAUCAACUGGAAGGCUCCUCGCAGCUGUCACUCGCUUUUUUUUUUUUUUUCAUUUCACAUGCUUUACUUCGGCCCUUCGAUCGCAGGACAUUGGCGAAGAGUUUGUGGAGUUCUUGGAGAAGGAGCUCAGCAUCAGCGAUUUGGACCCGGCUGCAGAGGAUGGCGGGAUGGAGGGUUCUUCUUUCAGAGACCAAUCUCAGAGGCCUGGAGCUCAGAAGCCUGGAGAAGAUGCUCAGAGCAGCAUCGAAGAGAACAUCGACGAGAUCGAAGCUGCCCUGUCUCGACUGAAGAAGGAGCUGGGUUUGUAG